ACAGCAGCAACAGAAGCGAAGCACUAAUGGCUAUGGUGGGAGACAAGGCGAAGAAGAAAUCGACUGCUGUGACUUUGCAACAGUUCAUCUCCAAUAUGACUCCUUUAAUCGAUUUGGAGAAGGAAGCUGAGAUAUCAGCCUCUAUCUCUUCAGGUGCAUCAAGAAAUUUGGAUAGUGCUCAGAAGAGGGGCUCCACUAUUCUGAAUUUGAAGUGUGUUGAUGUUCAGACAGGGUUGAUGGGGAAAACACUGCUUGAGUUUCAAUCCACCAAAGGAGAUGUCCUUCCUGCUCAUAAGUUUGGUACCCAUGAUGUAGUUGUAUUAAAACUGAACAAAGCUGAUUCGGGAUCUCCUGCACUUGGGCAAGGUGUAGUUUACUGGCUAAAGGAUUCCUCAAUCACUGUUGCUUUUGAUGACAUCCCAGAAGAAGGUUUGAAUAGUCCCUUGCGUCUAGAAAAAGUGGCCAAUGAGGUGACAUAUCGUAGGAUGAAGGAUGCCUUAAUACAAUUGAGUAAAGGUGUAUUGAAGGGGCCUGCUGCAGAUCUAGUUCCUGUCUUGUUUGGAGAGAGACCACCAACAUUUUCAACGAAGGAUGUUAUGUUCACCCCUUUUAACUCUAACCUUGAUCACUCUCAGAAAGAUGCCAUUUCGAAAGCCUUGUCAUCAAAGGAUGUAUUUUUGCUGCAUGGUCCUCCUGGUACUGGGAAAACUACUACGGUAGUGGAAAUUAUCUUACAAGAAGUGAAGCGUGGCUCAAAGAUUCUUGCCUGUGCUGCUUCAAAUAUUGCUGUUGACAACAUUGUUGAGCGGCUUGUUCCCCACAGAGUAAAGUUGGUGAGACUGGGGCAUCCUGCACGUUUACUACCUCAAGUUUUGGACAGUGCACUUGAUGCACAGGUGCUCCAAGGGGAUAAUAGCUCUCUUGCAAAUGACAUCCAGAAGGAAAUUAAGGCACUUAAUGGGAAAUUAUUGAAAACCAAAGACAGAAAUAGGAGGAGAGAUAUCCAGAAAGAGCUUAGGAAUCUUUCCAAAGAAGAGCGGAAAAGGCAGCAGCUAGCUGUGACAGAUGUAAUUAAGGGUGCAGAUGUUGUGUUGACAACUUUGACCGGUGCAGUUUCUCGCAAAUUGGAGAAUAGUUCGUUCAAUUUGGUUAUUAUUGAUGAAGCUGCUCAGGCACUUGAGAUAGCAUGCUGGAUAGCGCUACUAAAGGGUUCAAGAUGUAUCCUUGCUGGAGACCAUCUGCAGCUUCCUCCAACCAUCCAGAGUGUUGAAGCUGAGAGGAAAGGGUUAGGAAGAACCCUCUUUGAACGCCUUGCUGACCUGUAUGGAGAUGAAAUCAUGUCUAUGCUCACUGUCCAGUACCGCAUGCAUGAGCUUAUAAUGGAUUGGUCAUCCAAAGAGCUUUAUGAUAGUAAGAUCAAAGCCCAUCCAAGUGUUGCUGCACAUAUGCUUUUCGAUCUUGAGAAUGUGAAGAGGACGACUUCAACAGAGCCAGCCCUUCUUCUCAUAGACACAGCCGGAUGCGACAUGGAAGAAAAGAAGGAUGAAGAAGACAGCACCCUCAAUGAAGGUGAAGCUGAGAUUGCUAUUUCACAUGCAAAGAGACUUACUCAGAGUGGAGUCCUAGCUUCUGAAAUUGGAAUUAUUACCCCAUAUGCUGCACAGGUUGUCUUACUAAAGAUGUUGAGAAGCAAUGAGGAUAAGCUAAAGGAUGUAGAAAUCUCAACUGUUGAUGGUUUCCAAGGCCGAGAGAAGGAAGCUAUUAUUAUUUCCAUGGUUCGAUCUAACUCAACCAAAGAGGUGGGGUUUUUAAGUGACCGUAGGCGAAUGAAUGUGGCUGUGACACGAGCAAGAAGACACUGUUGUCUUGUCUGUGACACUGAAACAGUAAGUAGUGAUGGAUUCUUAAAGCGAUUGGUUGAGUACUUUGAAGAGCAUGGAGAGUAUCUAAGUGGCUCUGAAUACUGCAAUGAAUAAAGAUCCUAAUGGAAUAAGAUCCCCCCACAUUGGACCAUUUCAAUCUAUUACAUGAUUUGCUACUUCUAGUAGGCUAUUUUUAUAGAGAAUAGUUUUUGUUUAUUGUUAUUUAGAAAGUGUUAGACUUGGACAUCCUGAUCGUCCCUAUUUGUUUCAUGCUAUCCAGUAAAUAGGAUGGGUAUUGUUGUACUUGGAUUUGACAUUGGGAUUUUAAUGUCCAAUAGCAAUUGCAAGUUGUCCAGAUUUUGAUGCAUUAGAUUAGAAGUCAUAGAUAUGCUGUUGCUGUUA